AUGUGCAUGCGCGGACCAAAUGAAGAAGGUGUGAUUGCUAAAACACCUGAGGAAGAAAAAGAAGAAUGUCCACCUGAGCAUAUUUAUGUAAAUCGUAGUGGCCGUUGUAUACCCAUCUGUGCGGCUGGUCAGGGUAUCAAACAGACUGACCGAGAAUCUGCCUCCACUGCUCUUUUUGUUUUGUCAAUCAUCAGUUUGGUAGUCACAGCCAUAUGUGUCCUGACAUUUGUCAUGAGACGUCACUGUCUCACAGCCCUACCGGAAACGAGUUUACUGUGGGCAGCGCUGUCAUUUGCAUUGAGUUCGAUAGUCUACCUCUUUAGUUUACUUUACCGAGAGCAGAUCUCAUGCACUGAUUAUUCUUCCCACCUCCUUUUCGUUGUCGGUGAUUUCCCUCAUACUCCAUGUGCUUGCGUAUCUGCUCUUUUGUACUAUUUUGGGACCGCUGGCCGUUUAUGGUGGUUAGUACUCUGCUGCACUUGGAAUCAGCAGACGACACGAUCUGGAAAUUUGUGGUUCAUAUCCGAAAAUCAGUGGGUACAGGAAAAAUAUCGCGCUCAAAUUCAAAUGCUUGCUUGGGCCUCGCCAUUGGGUUUGGUGCUGGACGGCGUAUUCAACCUUUUCCGCGAUCUAGUCUUUGUUAUCGCUUGCUGUAUACCGUUACUCGUCGGCUUCAGGGUAAUGCUCACAACCCCACAAGCAAAUUAUGGCACGGGUCUUGAAGGAGCACUUUACCCAGCUGCGGCAAUAUUCUAUAUGUAAGU